ACCAUCCCGGUUACUUCGGUAAGGUAAGCCAAUUUUAUCAAGUAUUUCGUUUUGUUCAAGUGAUAUACAGUGAAGUUGUAAAGAAAUAUUUCACAAACGUGUCUCUCAACGUAUGUGAUGAAGAACAACUGUAGGGUGUUUUUAUACUUUUAUCCGAUAAAUCUUGAGUAUUACUGGAUGUACUUUAAACAUUUUUGAAAUAAUGAAAAAACAGCUGGUUUUAUCAAGAAAGUAUGAGAAUAUGUAGUUUCAACAUAUGUAGUUUGUGACAGUAUUGUCAACAAUGUACAAUAUCUUGUAAUAGAGGUGAACAUCAGACACUGUAUGAACCUUUUUCUUUUUUAAAGCUUGGUAUGAGGAACUACCAUGUGCGUAGGAAUUCAAAAUGGUCACCUGCCAUCAACUUAGACAAGCUGUGGACCUUGGUCAGUGAACAGACUAGGAUUAAGUACAAGGACCACCCUGAGGGCAAAGCCCCUGUUAUUGACAUUGUUAAAGCUGGCUACUACAAAUUGCUAGGCAAAGGACGCCUGCCCCCACAACCAGUCAUUGUGAAGGCCAAGUUCUUCUCAAAGUCUGCAGAAGAUAAAAUUAAGGCAGUAGGCGGUGCCUGUGUCCUAUCAGCAUAAUUAUAAAAUAAGUUGUGAAUAAAAAUUUUUACAAAUCAGCUUGUUUCAGUCCUCAAACC